AUGAGCACAGCUGUCGCCGCCUCUUCCUCCCUCUUUGUAGGGAAGGAAGCAAAGGAGGCACUGUCCGUCGAGUUGUCCAACAAGCUGGCAGAGUGCCUCGAUCCUGACUCCUCCUCCAGAAAGAAGAGGCAGCUCCAGGAGAUCCAGUCCUUCAGGCACUACUUCAGUGCAAAGGACUUGGAGAUCCUUGCAGAUGAGACGAAGACCGACCAGGACAAGUACGACCGAGUCUCGGCCCGGAUGUUCGCAGUGGGCCUGGCCUUCCCGACUGAGGCAAGUUUCGCCAUCAUCUUCCAUGCAGCCAUUGCUGCGGGGAUCAAGGUGGAGAACCCGGCCGAAGGCCUUCGCAAGCUCAACCAGUUCAAGAAGGUCCACCGGAAGAAACGUGAGGCCACGAAGGGCCCCUUCAAGGACUACGUCCAGCGGUUCCCCGACGAUCCGGAGGCACUGCCCGAGGAGCUGAGGGACUCCUACCAGGGAGACCCUCGGCAAAGCCUCUCCGAGAUGGAUGUGCGGGAAGCCUCGGAGAAGCUGACGGGCAUGCGGAAGAGCAAGAAAGAGUGCAGUUCCCAAGGCAGUUCGCAAGGCCUGCUCUCGUUGCAGCCUGCUGCGGCUGCAGACCUGCAGGCGGCCCCAGCCAGCAUGGCGCAAGCGGCUGCACGUGCCCUGGCCGAUGUUCCCGCAAUCGCUGAGGAGAAGAAGGAGGCCGAGGCCGAGAAGACGGAGCCCGACAAAGGCAACCAGAACAUGGUCACCACACCCGAAAAAAGCAUGGCCAGCACAGGGGAGCCUGACCCCAAGAAACCCAAGCUCACGAUGGACUUUUCUCCCGAGCAGAUGGCCUUGAUGGAUGGUUGGAGAAUCGAAACCAGGCGUCGUCCGGAUGGGCACAGUGAUCGGUACUACUACAAGGGAGACCAGAGGUUCAGAACCAG